AUGUCUGAAAGACAAAGACAACAACGUAUAUAUCAAAUACAGAGGCAAAAAUACCUUGGUGUAGGGAAUGAAGACACCACUAAGGAGGCAUGGGCAGAUAAUGUGAGAAAGGAUACUUAUCACAGCUUACAAGGUCAUUCCUCCAUCCUGGAAUAUUUAACCUUGGCCAAUAAUUCUAUUCAAUCUAAGAGAGAUAUGAAAGUUAACCUCAUAAAGAAAAUGGUACAAACUGAAAAUAGUAAAAAGAGACCCAUUGACGAGUCGUAA